GCUGAGCGCACUGACGCGACGUUGCCAGGACAACGACAUGCCAAACAACCGAGCGUACUGAGGUCUGAGAUAUCUGAGGUCAACUACGGCUAAUUAACAGUUCUGCAUCGAAAAUCAUGUCAAGUCAAUUCAUAAAAAGUUGUUUACUAACAAUAAAGAGGUAAAGAGAGGUAAAGUUAAGAAGGCGGGAGUCGACGAACACCACCACAAACAUGAGUCGUAACUGGACGCACAUGCAUCAGCAGAGGUUAAUGUCCCAGCGCCAGCGUCAGGAGCAGCACAGAGAGCAGGAGGCCAGGCGUGUGGACAGAGAGAAGCAGCUGCAGGCCAGUGUGCGGAACGAGGAGAGCUCCGAGAGGAGGAGAUACCUACGGCAGGUGCAAGAGGAAGUCAAAGAGAGGCAGAUGGAGAGCGCUCUGCUAAAGGCAGAGGAGGAGCAAAUAAACAGGGAAAAGCAACUUGAACAAGAGGAGAGAAUGGCAAAAGAGCUGGCCCGUAUCAACUAUGAGAAGCAAAGAGAAGAGAAAAUGCGGCAAUAUAUCAGAGAGAACAGCACAGAACUUCGAGAACUGGAGGCAAAACUGAAGUCUGCAUAUCUGAAUAAGGAACGAGCUGCACAGAUUGCCGAGCAGGAAGCCAUGAGGUUUGAGACCAUGCGUGAGGAGACAGACUUUGCUCGCAAAAUGAAGAGCGAACAUGAGCGUGCAGCCACUGAGCAGCAGAAGCUGGAGCAGAAGCGCCACGAGGAGCUGGUCCAGUAUAACAGGGAGCUGAAGCAGCAGCUCAUGGAGAGGGAGCGCAAGAGACAAGAGGCAUACGAGGAGUUCCUCAAAGAGAAACUUUUGGUGGAUGAGAUUGUCCGGAAGAUUUAUGAAGAGGAUCAGAUGGAGAGACAGCUGAAACUGGAAAAAGUCAGAGCCACUCAGCAGCACAUUGAAGAAUUCAAGAGACAGCAGGCCGAAUGGAGACGCAUGGAGCAAGAAAAGAUGGAGGCUGAGAACAGACGCAUCAUGGAGUUUGCGAGCCAUCAGCAGGACAGGGAGGAGAGCAGAAUGGCUAAGAUCAGAGAGAGAGAAGAAGCAAAGGAGCAGCUUCAUAAAAUACUCUCACAGAGGAUUGAAGAGGAGAGGCAGAAGCAAGAGGAAAUGGAGCGAGUCCGUGAGGAACUUUGCUUAGAGGAACAAGAAGAGGCGGACAGGCAGAGAGAAAUUGAAGAGAUGGAAAGAAAAAUCAGACAGAGGCUGAUGAUGCAACAGACCUGCCAGGAGCAGCUGGCUUUCAAAGAGAUGAAGAGACAGGCAGAGAGGGAGGAAGAGGAGGCAUUCAGGAGAAUGAUGAUGGCUAAGUUUGCAGAAGAUGAUCGAAUAGAGCAGAUGAAUGCACAGAAACGACGCAUGAAGCAACUUGAGCACAAACGCGAGGUGGAGAAACUGAUAGAAGACAGAAGACGACAGUGUGAGGCUGACAUGGAACUGGAGGCUAAAGAGAGGGCAACUGAGCAGGAGAGGGAGGCGCUGCGCAGACAGAUAAUUGAAGAAGAGAGGCAGCGACUUCUUAAACGCCAUGCAACACAACUCCUUGGGUACUUUCCAAAGGGCUUGCUCCGUGAAGAUGACCUGGAGCACUUCGACGAAGACUUCAGAAGAAACUUUAAAACACGUCAGGCUGACAUGUUCUCAGAAGACAGCUGGGACAGCACUGAUUAAAUGUUACUCUUCCGGUGUGCCACUAGAGGGCAGUGUACAGUUACUGUGAGUAUUCUAUGGAGCAUUUUAUGGUGACAAUUUUAUUCAUUUCUCAGUAUUCAUGAUAGUACUUGUUUAGCAUCCAGAGACAACAAAAUAAUUUGGAAACAUCUUUUUAUUAGGACUGUACCUACAAGAUCCUUCUUGUGAUUACAAGCAAAUCUCUAAAUCUGAAUUUUCUCUGAAUUCACACUUAAAACUUCUUAAUAGCUGUAAUAUUUAAAGUCUGAAAAACUAUAAACUAAAAUCUUUUACUCUGCAACAAAUAAAACUCUUCAAAAUGUAUCUUUAAGAAAUUAAAACAAUAAAAUGCUGAGUCUCAGUGUUUAUGGCUUCCCCCAG